AUGCAAGUCACCAAGUUAAUGGGUCCUUACGUUUAUGUUAUCGGCCUACGUGACCCUGUGUAUAAUGUCGCAACUGAUAAUAACCCGAAUAUUGUAUAUAAAGCGACGAUUUCUUCAAUGAAAUUAAUAGCUGCCGUCCUCUUUUUGGCUCUGUUUGGAGUAUCAUCAUGUAAUGCCAAAAGCCUUCGUGCCACUCCCAUAACCGACGAGGAGCUGCUUGCCCUAUCUAAGAAUCUGCAUAUAAAUGACGUUAAUACCAGUGACCUUACCGACGUCUUCACCAAGCCUACAUACGCUGCCGCUCAGGGUCUGCUAAACAACUACGCAAGGAACUAUUCCGUCCAGGAAGAAUUCACUCCGGAACAAUUAGCCGAAGAAGUAGCUUUCAUUGAUUUGGUUAUGGAGACUAGUGUGAUGCAACUGCUCCAUGAGUUUCUCGUUUCCAAAGGUUUUUUCACCGAGGAUGUGCAAGAGUUCAAACAGUUUCUGUGGAACAAAUGGUUCGCCCGCUGGUCUAAAUACGUACCGGAUGUUGUAGCCAGUGGCGGCUGGGAACACACCAACCUGGGUGAAAAGGGGAGCGACGGAAUACUUUACGGAUUCCAUAGCUGGAUUCACGUUUACAACGAGGAGCAAUAUGGUCACCUCAACUAUCUCGGCUACAUCGACGUGAUCAAAACGGAUAGCACCACUGUCAUGUCCAUACCCAUCCUUUUGAAUGGUAACCAUGUCAGCAGUAAACCGUACACGAAUUUGAACGUCGGCGCCAGUCCGGAACUUGAACUCGCUCUCGGCACCCUUUGCUACAUUGCCCGCGAUGGUGUCGACGCCCUUUGCGUCUUCCAGACUUCUGAUGCCAUCGAGUACGCCAUGGACGUGCACUCGGUCGAUUAUAACGGAUCGAAUUACAUUGAAAGUUCGCACACAAGUUUCGGGGAAGAAUCAAACGGACGGUCCGUCCUGUGAUUGCGCAGCGCAGGAACAACUGAAGCAUGUACGGCACUCGCUAUUCAGUGCAAGCGUUUUGUUGAAGUCAAUUGAUGUAAAAGAAAAUAAAUAAACAAACACGAAUGUA